AUGUGUUUACUCCUCAACUGCAAACUAUUCCUGAACAGGUUGUCUGGGAAGCUACUAAUAGUGAAGCUUAAGUGCAGAAUAGAGUACAAAGGUUACCUGAUAUCCAUGGAUGGAUACAUGAACAUUCAACUUGUGAAUACAGAAAAGUACAUAGAUGGGACAUUAUGUCAACAUCUUGGUGAAAUGUUAAUAAGGUGCAAAAAUGUCCUUUGGAUGAAAAGUGUCUAA